GAACGGUGAGGCAAUGCAGACGAGUUAAGUAGGAGGAGCCAGGAAUAAGAUAUCAGGCGAGUUUGAUCCCUUUCGUCGUGAAUUCUCACAAUUUCCACGCCACGCAACACCAACCCAUCCCAUCAGCAGCACAAGCAGCGUGCAGCUGUGCAGCACCACCACCACUACCACCGCGGCUGUAGACUGUAGUACGAGAGAGAAUUCUCUAGCUCAACUCCCGCGCACCGUCUAGUCCCACAUGGCAGCCGCCGCCGCGGCGUUGACCCCGGCCUCUCCCCCGCUCCUCCCCUAUCCCCGCGGCCGCCGGGAUGGCCUCCUGCGCCUCUCGUCCCGCCGCCCCGCCGCGGGGCGCUUCAGGGCCGCGGCGCAGACGUUCCAGGGCCCCCCCGCCGCCAGCUACGCCCGCGAGAUGGAGCGCCUCUCCGCCAAGGAGUCCCUCCUCCUCGCCUUUAAAGAUGCUGGGGGAUUCGAGGCCUUGGUUAGUGGGAAGACCACGGAGAUGCAAAGGAUUGAUGUCAAUGAGCGCAUCGUUGGACUUGAACGACUGAACCCCACGCCUCGCCCCACAACAUCACCCUUUCUGGAAGGUCGGUGGAACUUUGAAUGGUUUGGUGACAGCAGUCCUGGAGCAUUUGCUGCCCGGCUUUUGUUUGAGAGGUCACCUACAACUGUUGCACACUUUAUGGGACUUGAUUUGUUGAUCAAGGAUGGAUACUCCAAACUUUCAUCUAACAUCAUGUUCUUAAAUACGAUACAAAGCAAGUUCCUACUGACUACUCAAUUGUCCGUUGAGGGUCCUAUCAGGAUGAAAGAGGAGUAUGUUGAAGGCCUUAUAGAGAUUCCCAAAAUCAGUGAAGAAACAUUGCCUGAACAACUCAAGGGCUUGCUUGGACAAACUGCAGGAGCUCUACAACAACUUCCUAGCCCCAUAAGGGAUGCUGUUGCAGAGGGGCUUAAGUUGCCACUUAGUGGAACGUUCCAGCGCUUAUUCAUGAUCUCUUACUUGGAUGAAGAAAUAUUGAUUAUCAGAGAUGCCGCUGGAGCACCUGAUGUCUUAACCAGACUGGAGGGGCCACAACCAAAUCCAAUUGAUGGCUCAGCAGACGCAGUGAUCUCAGAAUAUGAAAGCUAAUGACUUAGUACUAACUGUAACUGUUAUUGUUCCUUUCUUCUUCUUUUUUGUCAUUUUCUAAGGCUUGCACAUACUUAUAAGCUGUAGUGCAUGUUGACAACCACUUGUACAUGUACAUGCAUUUCUUUCGGCCAUUCUAAAAGUGAGCAAUAUUCUA